CUGUGCACAUAAAGACUCGCAAUUCUCAUUUGUGCUUUGGCAGUACAGGCAAAUGAAUAUCCUCUGAGACAUUUUCUCAAACACUUACGCCGCACGAACAUGAGCUUCAAAAUCAAACACUUCCUCUUCUCAAUCCUAAAAUCCCAGAAGCCCACCCCCUCUGAGAGCCACAACCUUCUUCUUCUUCCUCACCAAUGCCACCAAUGCCGAGGCAUAACUAGGGUCCGUCUCAAAUGGGUCAAGAACCGAAGCCUGGACCACAUCAUCGACACCGAGACCGAUCUCAAGGCUGCCUGCCUCCUCAAGGACGCUAUCAAGCGCUCCCCAACCGGUUUUCUCACUGCCAAGUCCGUCGCCGAUUGGCAAAAGCUUCUCGGCCUCACCGUCCCCGUUCUCCGCUUCUUGCGCAGGUACCCCACUCUCUUUCACGAAUUCCCUCACACCCGUUACGCCAAUUUUCCUUGCUUUAAGUUAACAGACACUGCAUUAUUGUUAGACUCACAAGAGCAAACUAUUCACCAAGACCGUGAGAGUGACACUGUGGAGAGGCUCUGUAGAUUGCUUAUGAUGAUGAAAACUAGGACUAUAGAGUUGCAAUCUUUGUAUCCGUUGAAAUGGGAUCUGGGUUUGCCAGAUGAUUUUGCUAAAGUAUUGGUUCCGAAGUACCCGGAUCAUUUUCGAUUCAUUAAGGCCUCGAAUGGGGUCGCGUGCUUGCGACUCGCAGAAUGGCGUGAGGAAUUCGCAGCCUCGGCAUUAGAGAGGAGUAAUGAGAGUAGUAAAUUGGGUAAUGAGUAUAGGCAAUUCAAGAGGGGGCAAACGGCAUUGGCAUUCCCCAUGAGUUUUCCGAGGGGUUACGGGGCACAGAAGAAGGUGAAGACGUGGAUGGAGGAGUUUCAGAAGUUACCAUACAUUUCACCGUAUGAGGAUUCUAGUAAAAUUGAUCCUAAUAGUGAUCUUAUGGAGAAACGAGUUGUUGGGGUUUUGCAUGAGAUGUUGAGCUUGACUAUUCACAAAAAGACUAAAAGGAACUACCUCAGAAGCUUGAGGGAGGAACUGAAUCUUCCACAUAAGUUUACUCGAAUAUUUACAAGGUAUCCAGGGAUUUUCUACCUGUCACUGAAGUGUAAAACAACGACUGUGGCUAUUAGAGAAGGGUACCGCCGGGGAAAACUUGUAAACCCACAUCCUCUUGUACGUGCCAGGGAGAAGUUUUAUCAUGUUAUGAGAACAGGGCUUCUUUAUCGUGGUAAAGGUGUAAACUUGCUACCUCAGCAAGACAUUUUACUUGAUGAUAUGGAAGAUGAGACAGAGCAAGAAGGUUCUGAGGCAGAAGAGGAUGAAGCGGGUGAUGAGUGCUAUGAGGAGGAAAUUUCAGAGGUGGAGGAAGGGUCUGAUGAAGAGUAGUGCUUGUAUGACAGAAUUGAGGUUUACUCAAAUGCAAAAUAGAAAAACAUUGAUCAGUGGCUCAAGUGUUGGCUUAUUUUGUAUCAGGUUGCUCAAACAGCAUGUCAAGCUACAAGGGUACGGCAAAACUUCAUCAAGAUGAUAUGUCAAAAACUAAUUCAAGGGAAAUUUGAUGCAGUAACUAAUGUUACAAUGAAUAGAGGAAUGAGUUGAUAGAAGAGCCAUGGAUCAUAUAAGAAAUUGGAGGUAUACAUUUUGGUAUUGUAACAAUCUCAACUAUUGUUUGAACAAAGAAAUAUUCAGGGAAAUUUGCAGGGUAACAUCAGAAUAAGUUUGAUUCGUGGAGUUUGCCUCUCCUUCGGAAUAAAGUUUUGAUCAUGCUUUCUUAUUUGCUCGAAAUUUACUAAGCAUCUUUGUAUGAAAAUUCCCUUUUCUUUUCGUUGGACCUUUUUUCUCUUUAAAUGUUAACCUUUGUAAAUAACGAGAUAUCAAAAUGAGUAAUUAAUUCUGCCCGACUGCUUCCAAUUUUCAGGAGACCAGAGACUUUGGUUGAUGCCACUUUCCGGCAUAGGAUGUAGAGCUUCCAUCAUUUUGACAACCAUAUUAUACGUAGCCUCAUCAAAUACAAGCAUAAAUGCGUCCCCCCUUCGUUUUUUUCCCUCCAAUCAUCUCCCAAGUGCAAAUGUGCCCGGCCAAAUAUUUAAACCUCUCCCAAGCCUCACCUGUUCGUACAGGCAUC